AUGAAUUCAAAUCAUAAUAUGUUAAAAAAUAACUUUACUAAUGCGCACACUGGAUACCUAAACAAUGAUAUGCCUGAAAGAUGUCAAGCAUGGGUCGACUUACCCGAAACAAGAAACAUGAUAAAUUCGUCUGUUGGUAAAACUUUCAUAAACAUCCCUUAUGAAAAUUAUGAAUUCGGAUUAAGGAGAAUGUACACAAUUGAUACAUCAGAUCUAACUAACAAACAACAUUUAUGUACAUUGCCAAAAACCGAGGAUUCAUUUACGAUGUGUGAAAACAAAAAAAAUCCUGCACAACAUGGAAACAACGGUAAUAAUUUCCAUGCAAAUUUGCAUGAAAACAAAAGUUUCAAUGAGCAGGAAAAUCAUAGAUUUCCACAAAAUAACACAAAGGAUGUUGAUAUAAGAAAUCCUACAUAUAACAUCCAACCUGUAAAUAACAUGCCCUCUUUUGGAACUCAAUUCCAUCAUAAGGGUAGGUGCAGUCCUUGUAAAUAUGAAUGGACUCGUGGAUGUCACUUGGGUUCACGUUGCAGAUUUUGCCAUGAUCAAUCUCAUGUUCCUGAAGGAACUCAACGAGUUGUUCCCAACCCUCAAAAGUUACCUAUUACCAGAGUGAAAGCCGAGAAUAAUUUUACCUCACCUAUGUCAAGAAACCCUGAUGCACCCUUUGUAACUAAACCUGGAAAUAUUUUAAAUGGAAAGAAAAAGAAUAGGAGGUAUAAAAAGAAUGCAAACAAAAGACAACGCAAGGGAGGGGAAAAUAAAAUGAAGAGUCAGAAAGAAGAAGAAAAAAAAAUGGAUAGUAAGAAAGAAGAAGAAAAAAAAAUGGAUAGUAAGAAAAAAGAAGAAAAAAAAAUGGAUAGUAAGAAAAAAGAAGACAAAAUGGGUAAUCAGAAAAAGGAAUGCAAAAUAAAUAAUCAGAAAAAGGAACGCAAAACAAAUAAUCAGACAAAGGAACGUAAAACAAAUAAUCAAACAAAUGAAAAUAAAACAAAUAAUCAGACAAAUGAAAAUAAAACAAAUAAUCAGACAAAGGAACAUAACAUAUAUAACUGUCCAAGGGGAAAUCAAAUGAAUUAUCAAAAUAAUAAAAACUCAAAGAAAAUGAAUAAUGUUGUAAACGAAAGAACCCCCCCAAAUAUAGUAAAUACUCAAAGAAAUAGAAAUCAAAUAAAACAAAUAAAUUAUAAUGAUUAUACAACAUUAAAUACUUGCAACUGCACGUAUAAUCAUAAUCCUUAUAAAGAUAAUUUCUUAAAUGGUCAUUUGAAUUCAAUCAUAUCAAAUAUAGUUGCGCACAAUAAAGAAAACGAUUUAUGCAGAAUUUUUUGUAUAAUUUUUAAAAGAGAUAAUGCUUUUGAAGAUUAUAAAUGCUCGAAUUUGUUUGUCCCUGAUACAGUUAUUCAUCAUAUGAAUAUAUAUCCACUCAACAUGGCACCCAUGAGGAGACACUAG